GUGCUGCCCAAGGUGAGCAUGGUUUUAGGCCCUGGUUUCCCUCUACAAGGCUUAGACUUUCUCACCACCAGAGCGGGCCCAGCUGUUUGAAAUCCUCCCAGAGUGAGGGCCUCUGUUAGCUCAGCUCUGACUUCCUUCACCUCCUUAAUAAUUCAUCUGGCUCUUCUUCAGCGGAAACCUGAUGACAGCCCUGCCACUUUCUUAACAAAACGUCCUUGAAAUUCCCAGGAGUCUCCCACCAUCCCAUCCCUUGGCUCCACACAACUGUUCUGAGCCCAGCUCAGGGGACGAGCCUGGAAUGAAUCCGCAGCCCUCAGAAAGCGCCUGUGGCCUGGGAACUCUGAGCCCCCAAGGGGAUGAAGAAGACAGUGGUUCCGGAAGACAUUCCAGUGAGUGGGGAGAUACACAAGACCUGGAGACUCUCCAUCGCCCACCUUUACUUCUCGUGGCCCCUUGUGGCUCUCAGGAGGGGCUGUCACCAUGCCACCUGUUGACGGUGAGGGUCAUCCGGAUGAAAAACGUCCGGCAGGCUGAUAUAUUGAGCCAAACAGACUGCUUUGUGAGCCUCUGGCUGCCCACUGCCUCUCAGGAGAAACUGAGGACCAGGACCAUCUCCAACUGCCCAAACCCAGAGUGGAAUGAAACCUUCAGCUUCCACAUCCAGAGCCAAGUGAAGAACGUGCUAGAGCUGAGCAUCUGCGAUGAAGACACAGUCACACCCAACGACCAUCUCUUGACAGUGCUCUAUGACCUCUCCAAGCUCUGCUUCCGGAAGAAAGUCCAUGUGAAGUUCCCAUUCAGCCCAGAGAGCUUGGAAGAGCUGGAGGUGGAGUUCCUGCUGGCAGAGAGCCCCUCUCCGCCGGAGACCCUCAUCACCAAUGGCGUGCUGGUGUCUCGCCAAGUCUCCUGCCUGGAGGUUCAUGCGGAAUCCAGAAGGCAGAGGAAGAGGAAGAAAAUGAAAGACCUGUUGGUGACGGUGACCGAAUCCUUCGAGAACACCCAGCGCAUCUCACCCCGCAGGGAGCCCUGCUGCCCAGACCCUGCCUCCUUCCACUACCCCAAGUUCUUCCAGCCCCGCUUGGACGUGGCUGUGCCUAAGAGCCACUGGGACUGUUUGCUUGGCUGCUGCAGGGCACACAAGAACGGUCCUGUCAGCCAGCCCCUCGACUGCCUUUCCGAUGGCCAAGCUGCGAUCCUGCCUGUGGGUGAGAACUAUGAAUUACACAUGAAGUCCACGCCCUGCCCUGACACACUGGAUGUACGGCUGGGCUUCAACCUAUGCCCCGAAGAGCUGGAAUUUCUGGAAAAACGGAGGGUGGUGGUGGCCAAGGCGCUGAAGCAAGUGCUGCAGCUGGAGGAGGACCUGACCGAGGAUGAGGUACCACUGAUAGCCAUCAUGGCCACCGGGGGCGGAGCAAGGUCCAUGACCUCCCUGUACGGCCACCUGCUGGGACUGCAGAAGCUGAACCUUCUGGACUGCAGCAGUUACAUCACCGGCCUGUCUGGGUCCACCUGGACUAUGGCUACCUUAUACCGUGACCCUGAAUGGUCCUCCAAAAACCUGGAGCCUGCUAUCUUCGAGGCCCGGAGACAUGCCGUCAAAGACAAGAUGCCCUCCCUCUUCCCAGAUCAGCUCUACAAAUUCAAGGAGCAACUCCGCCAGCGCAGCCAGGAAGGCUACAAGGUCACCUUCACAGACUUCUGGGGCCUGCUGAUUGAGUCCUGUCUGGGGGAUGAGAGUAGUGACUGCAAAUUGUCAGACCAGCGUGCCGCUGUGUGCCGGGGCCAGAACCCCCUGCCCAUCUACCUCACCAUCAAUGUCAAGGAUGAUGUAAGCAACCAGGAUUUCAGAGAGUGGUGCGAGUUCUCCCCCUACGAGGUGGGCAUGCAGAAGUACGGGGCCUUCAUCCCCACCGAGCUCUUCGGCUCUGAGUUCUUCAUGGGACGGCUGAUGAAGAGGAUCCCUGAGUCGCGAAUGUGCUACAUGCUAGGUUUGUGGAGCAGCAUCUUCUCCCUGAACCUGCUCGAUGCCUGGAAUCUGUGCAAUACCUCCGAGGAGUUUUUCCACAGAUGGACGAGGGAGACGAUACAUGACAUCGAUGAGCCACUCCUGCCUGAAAUCCCCAAAUGUAAUACUAACGUCCUGGAGACCUCAGUAGUGACCCCAGCAUCCCGGCUGUCCAAUACUUUCCGAGAGAUCCUCACCUACCGGUCCUUCGUGUCUGAGUUCCACAACUUUAUGUAUGGGCUGCACCUGCACACUGACUAUCUCCAGAACAGCCAGUUCCAGAAGUGGAAAGACACAGUGCUGGACACCUUUCCAAACCAGCUGACAGAGUUUGCAAAACACUUGUACCUGCUGGACACGGCAUUCUUCGUCAACUCCAGCUGUGCACCCCUCCUCCGGCAGGAGAGAAAAGCCGACCUCAUCAUCCACCUCAAUUACUGUGCAGGGUCCCAGACAAAGCCCAUGAAACAGACCUGUGAGUACUGCACCGUGCAGGGCAUCCCUUUCCCCAGCUAUGACAUCCAGGAUGAUGACGAAAGCCUCCAGGAGUGCUACCUGAUGGAGCAGCCCCAGGAUCCUGAUGUCCCCAUUGUGACUUUCUUCCCGCUCAUCAGUGACACCUUCCAGAAGUACAAGGCACCAGGUGUGGAGCGGAGCCCCGAGGAGAUGGAGCUGGGCCAAGUUGACAUUUAUGGCCCCAAAUCUCCCUACGCCACCAAGGAGCUGACAUACACAGAGGCUGCCUUUGACAAGCUGGUGAAGCUCUCGGAGUACAACAUCCUGAAUAACAAAGACAAGCUCCUCCAGGCCCUGCGCCUGGCGGUGGAGAAGAAGAAACGCCUGAAGAGCCAGUGUCCUUCCUAGGCCCAGGGAGCCCCACCCGUCCUGCGUCUACUGCUGUCAGAGCUGCAGCCAUCGCAGGCCACGCCACCAGCCCUGCUCUCUGCUCAGGAAGGCAGGCAGGUGGCCUGGGCUUUCCACCCAAAAACAUCAUGAGAAGGGAGAAAGGAGCCAUACUGGGGUUUUAUACCUGUGGGAUUUCUUUCCCUACUUCCCUACCGGGAAGAGUGAUGGCCAUGGGCUCCCAACGUUCUCCUCAAGCACAGAGAGAAGUGUGGCCUGAGAGAGGGGCUGGUUCCCAAGAACCUCAGGCUCGGAGCCCUCUCCUCCCUCUCCCUCCUCCCACAGUGAGCCUAGGGGAUGCUCAGGAGGAGUGAGAAAGACUCCUAGUUUCUCUGCAAAAAUGCUUUUCAAAUUUUAAGGUAAUUGCAUCUUAUAUUUAUCAUCAAAAUACUUUAUGAUUUUGAAUUUUAUGAAUCAGGGUAUUAGUAGGAAGCCGGAUGCUAGGAGACCUAGAUGGAGAACUAGGGAUAUCCUAGUGUCUGCACCAACAAAGCCAAACCAGUCACCCAUGGCACCUGCCCAGAACCAGGGGCUGCUGACGCCUGCAAUCCCAACCAGGCAGCCACGCUGAGCACCCAGUGCCAACAAAACGCCAAGCGAAGUGUGGGCUCCCAGAGUGGGGAUCUAGGCUGGGGAUCUGGGCAGGCUACAAAAGACGGCCUCAGGUGAGCAGAGUGCCCAGUGCUGCCCACACACCUCUCAUCUCUCUCACUGCCCUGGCCGCCUGGUUUACAGGUGAGAUUAUUUAUUUCUAAGUGUGAUCCCAAAGCCAGUAUACUCCAGCCCUUGGAGAACGAAGGGAGGAAGGAGCAAGUUGGACAGGCCAGGGCAGCCCUCCCAGAAAGAACUACUCCUCCCUGCCCUGCUCAGAGAUGGCUUCCCACCAAAUCCUGGGAAACCAUGGGACGCAGAGAAGCCCAGUCAUUGUGACCGGGUCUCCCUGCGGGUCAGGGACUUAAAUGAAGAAAGGUGUCACCUGAGCCACUGAUGUGCCCUGGCUGAUGGGCACAGAAGGACAGAAAGGCACGUGGUCUGGGCAGAGCCCGGCAAGCCGUGUGGGGCCACUCUCCUCCCUAAGCAGUUCUUUGUUGUUGGGAAAUGAAUGGGGACAGGUACUCCAAACUUAGAAAAAGUGGGCUGUCAUUUACAUCCCUGCUGCUCAGGGUGUGGUGGGGAGCUGGUUAGAAAUGCAGAUGUGCAGGGACUGCGCAGCCACCCUGAAUGGAACUGCACUGUAAAGAGACUCAGGCCUCCUUUCCCAUGCCACCCCACCCUUGUGUGGUUCCUGUGUGAGUUAAAGUUGGAAAGGAAGCCGAGCUACCAGCGUAGUGGCACAGCCUGUAAUCCCAGUGUUACUGCGAGAUGGGCAGGGAUAGUCCAGGCCCUUGUGUACAAUGAGCAAUGCAUUUGCAAGCAUACACUAAGUGAAAAGCAGCCGCAUUUACUGAAGAUCACAAGAAACUGUGCUCAGGGCAAGUCUAUGCCAAGGAAAGACAUGGCACAGACAGAAAGUGGUGCCAGGGUGAGAGGAAAGUAAAAACACUGCGCACAAAACACAGCACACAGCAACAGCCACUGAUAAAUCAGGCUUUCAGAAUUUAAAGGUCUGCACCUCAGCCCAGCUGCCUCCCCUCAGUCUCUAGGUGUGAUGGACAGGCAUGAUUGAGACCGUGCUGUGUUAUCUCAGGGGCUCUCAGCACACAUGCUUGUCCCAGAAUUCACUUUGAUCUUUUUUUUUUUUUUUUUCACUUUGAUCUUAAUUACAUGCAUGGAUGAAGUACAUAUUUAUGAACCCUUAAUGAGGUAGGGUGAAGAUGACUAAAUGUCAGGCUAGGAGAUGCAACACACGUGUUCUUGUCUAGGGCAUCAAAGAUCUCCUGAGUUCUUGUGUGAUUCGCUACCUCUGGUAAGACAAUGGAAGGAGGAAUGGCCAGGGUGCUGUUCAAAAUUAAAUGGAUGGAAGGAAGUGACUUCCUCAGCUCCAUUGUUUCUAAGGGUACUACCAGCCUCUGGAGGGCUGAUGCAGGAGGACAGCAAGCUGGAGCGAAGCCCGGGCAAUUUAGGAACUUAGAUUCUAUCUCAAAAUAAAAAAGGGCUGGGUGUGUAGCUCAGUGCAAAAGCCCUGGGUUCAGUUCCUAAUGACACAAAAGAGGAAAGAGCACAGGAAGGAAGGGAAGUGAAGGGGAAAGAGUUAGAAAGCAGUGGACUUACACCACUGUCCCCUACAAGCUUGGACACCAUAACUCCUUCGACUCUCUUGAGGCACCGGGAAGCUGGUGCCUCAAGGAUCAGGACCCGCAACACCAGUCUCCACCUGAGACCUAAUCCGUGUAUCACCCCUCUCCCCUCUGCCAGGGCAGCCCUACCCCACUCUGCCCUCCCAGCUGCAAGCAUGGGGUUCCCUAACUUCAGAGCAAGCAGGCACAGGCCUGUCUGCUUUGAGGGAAAGGUGGUCCUGCCUUGGGUCCAUCACAGUGUGAAGUGAAAUGUGUACCAUCAUUUUACUAUUUGAGCACAGAAUAAAAUGGCCAUGUGAUUGUGGA